CAGGCGGAAGCAGCAGACGACGAUUAGGAGACCAACAGCAUACACCUUUUUAGAGUGAAGUUGCGAAUUAGAAUUAUAUUACAAUAGAUCAGUGAAUAACAAUUAAAGAUAUAUUAAAAUUUUUCUUAUUGAAUAAAAUUUGUCGUUAAAUAGAAUUAGAGAUUAAAAUUGGAUUGAGUUACGAGUUACUACGGUUUACGUAAAUCCCUGAAUCCGUAAAGGAAAGCAGAAUUUUGCCUUUAUUAUUAGAGGAAAGACCGAUUUUUCUAAAAGCUGCAUUCGCUAAAAAACUGCGUGCUGCUAAAAAGAAUUCGGUUCCUCAUACAACUCCGCUAUUUCGGAACAAUCUUUUAGAAAAAUCGAUCGAUCAUGGAUAGCACAGCUGCCGAUAACGAAAUAACAAAUACACCCAAUGCGGACUUAUCGAGCUGCGUGAAUUGCGACCGCCCGGACAGCGAUGAUAAUUUCGUCCAGUGCGACACAUGUGAUGCAUGGUGGCAUCUAUCUUGUGCUGGAGUUACGCCUUCUAUAGCCGAUCGACACUGGAGCUGUCGUUUGUGUGUGCACGAUGUAUCAUCUAUACGCACUGUGUCAUCCGUGGCAAGAUCGACUCGCCUUGCGUUGCAGGUCCAGAAGCUGAACGAGCAGCGUGAAGUGGAGCGAAAAUACAUCGAAGAAAAAUACAAGCUUAUUGAGGCUGAACUGGAUGCGUCUGAGGAGAACGAUAGUGUCCGGACACAAGCAAGUAAACGGGCCAACAAUGAGAGGGUGAGGAAGUGGAUCGACGAGAACGCAGGUCAAGCUGAAGGCGCAGUAGGCCACAAUGAGGACAACAAAGCCGCCUCCUCGACGCUGCCCCCCGCACCACUCGACCCUAUUGAAGUUGCUGCUGCCGAUAUGAUUGCUCCCGCAUCCAGUCCAUUGAGACAUCCAUCGAUACUGUCUCAGCUUAGGCAGUCGAUUGGGGCAAAGAAGCACCCAACGAACUUGCAAUCAUCUUUACAGUUUAAUAAAGAAUUUGCUGCUGUACACACCGAUAAUGCAGCAGUUUUGUUCGCCAAAUUUCAGCAACAACUGAUGAACCCAAGUAGUUCAUCCAUGCUGGCAACAACCGCUAACCAAUCGAGGGAAAGUACUAUUUUGGAGAAGAGCAAAGGAGCAGUACCAAAGGUGCUGCAAAAUGAAUCGAAUCUUACUCAAAGAGAUAAUCGUUCGAAAGCAAAAGGUAAAGUCAUUCCUGAACCCCCCGUAGCACCGCAGCAAGGUAAGCCAACAAUAAAUAAGAAAUCCGCCCCAUCGGCUGAAGAUGGAAAUUUUCAAAGUUUAAUUGAUCAGUUUGGUAAUAUGUUUCAAACCAAACCGAAACCAAUACCACCACGAUACUCCACCGCUUUACCUAAACCAAACCCAAGUGUUCAGUUUCAAUCAAGUACUGAUUCACUACACGAAGAUGUAACAACCCCCAUCGAAUUUUCGAGAAUUACCGAAUAUAUCCCCACCCUCUCGCAGCUAGCCGCUCGUCAGGUUAUGUCACGGGAUUUGCCUCAGUUUUCGGGCAACCCUGCCGAUUGGCCUGUGUUCAUAAGCAGCUUUACAAAUUCGACGCUUGCUUGUGGAUACACUAGUGCUGAAAAUUUAUGUCGUCUCCAACGCAGCCUCAAAGGUGCUGCCUAUGAAUCGGUACAAAGCCGCCUUCUUCUUCCGGAGUCAGUUCCGCACGUAUUAGAUACCUUGUAUUUGCUCUAUGGAAAACCAGAGCUGCUUAUACAGGCGCUACUGGAGAAAGUUCGUUCCGUGCCCGUGCCGAAAGCCGAUAGACUAGAAACACUAAUCGAUUUCGGGAUGGCAGUGCAUAUUUUGGCCUCUGUGAUCAUCUUGAAGCUGCAGGGCAACUCGCGCAUUUGUCUAACCCAACACUCUUGAUGGAAUUGGUUGGAAAACUUCCCGCUCAUAUAAAGAUGGAGUGGGGUAAUUUUUUGCGAAACGUUUCGGAAGUUAAUUUGAAAACUUUCGGAGACUUCAUGUCAAACAUCGUGAUAUCUGCGAGUAAAGUGACAAUGUAUGAACGAAGAAAUAUCAAGAGUGAGUCCAGAGAAAAAUUAAAACCAAAAUAUCGCGGAACUUUUAAACGCACACUCAGACAUAACAGAGGAGGUGCGUGACAAGGAAAGAUUGUGCUACGUAUGUAAGAAAACUGGACAUCGUGUGCACGAUUGCAAAACAUUCAAAGCGUUAUCUGUCGAUGAACGUUGGAAAUACAUUAAUGCCGAGAGACUGUGUCGGAACUGUUUGUGUGACCAUGGCAGGAGGAGCUGCAGGCGUUCGAGUUACUGUGGGACGAAUGGAUGUCAAUACCGUCAUCAUCCUUUGCUUCACACUAUGAGAUCCAAUAAUGCACUGAGCCGCCCGCCGUACAUAUCUUCUGGUGAAAACUACACACAUCGACAAGUAGAGCAAUCGCUGUUUUUCCGUAUCAUACCGGUGACUCUCUUCGGACCACGCAUAGUGGUUAAUACGUUCGCAUUUCUUGAUGACGGCUCGUCAAUGACAUUGAUUGAGGAGACUUUGGUGAAUCAACUUGGUGUGCACGGUGACAAGCGACCGCUGUGCCUAAUGUGGACGGGUAACGUAACUAGAAUGGAAACAAGAUCACAGCAAGUGUCUCUAUCAAUUUCCGCGGUUGGCGGACAGAGUAUGCAUCCUCUAGAUGAUGUACGCUCAGUUAAGGAACUUUCACUUCCGAAACAAACUCUGUCGUACGAAAAAUUAGUGGCAAAAUACCAACACCUACGAGGGCUUCCCGUAGCUAGCUAUGUAAAUGCUACGCCUCGGUUGCUUAUUGGUGUGAACAAUUUGAAUUUGAUCGUUCCCUUAAAGGUGAAGGAAGGAAGCUGUCGUGAGCCGGUUGCUGCGAAAACUAGAUUGGGAUGGUGUGUUUAUGGCGGCCAUGACGGACAAAACACGAAGCAAUCGCUGAACUGCCAUUCUUGUAGUUGCACUAACGACGAUGAACUACACAAAAUAGUAAAGGAUUACUUCACACUUGAAGAUGUUGCCGUUUAAUCUACAAUACCUCUGCUAUCCGCGGUAGAGAAGCGGGCUCAACAAAUUUUGGAGAAAACAACGGUCCGAGUUGGGAGCCGCUUUGAAACGGGGCUCUUGUGGAAGUACGAUCGGGUACAGUUCCCUGACAGCUAUUCCAUGGCACUGCGCCGGCUGCAGUGUCUCGAGAAGCGAAUGGACCGGGAGCCUAAGUUACGGGAGAAUAUCGAAAGACAGCUGAUGGAAUACCAGGCGAAAGGAUAUGCACACCGCGCGACAGAAGCGGAACUGGUACUGGAGAACAAAGAUCGGAUCUGGUAUUUACCGCUCGGGGUAGUUAUAAACCCUAAAAAACCUGAAAAGGUUCGUUUAAUAUGGGACGCAGCAGCGAAGGUGGGAGGUAUAUCACUAAAUACGCUCCUGUUGAAGGGACCAGACCAAUUGACCGUCUUACCAGCUGUUUUGUCGCGCUUUCGGCAGUUUAAAGUAGCGGUUUCAGCAGAUAUAAAGGAAAUGUUCCACCAGAUCGUAAUUCGUGCCGAAGAUCGGCAUUCGCAGAGGUUCCUGUGGCGGAAAGAUCCGUCGUGUCUCCAAGAAAUUUAUUUGAUGGAUGUGGCGACCUUCGGAUCAACAUGCUCCCCGGCGUCCGCACAAUUUGUCAAAAACAAGAAUGCGAAGGAGUUUCAAGAACAGUAUCCCCGAGCAGUGGAGGGAAUAAUAAAAAACCACUACGUAGACGAUUCGCUGGAAAGUUACGAAAGCAUAGAAGAGGCGAUCAGAGUCUCUGAGGAGAUGCGGUUAAAACAUGCCAAUGCUGGCUUUGAAUUAAGAAACUGGCUAUCCAACAGCACAGAAGUACUGCACCGUCUCGGUGAAAUAAAACCGUCGUCCAGUCAGGAUAUUAAGUCGAACAGAAAAGAAUUCCAGCGCGUACUGGGGAUGAUGUGGUGGACCAAUGAGGACAUUUUAUGUUUGUCCACAGUAGUACAAGAAGCUAUCCAGAAAUUAAUCGAUGAGGGAGAGCGGCCAACCAAGAGACAACUGUUGAAAUGUCUAAUGGGUUUUUUUGAUCCACUGGGCCUGUGGAGCGCGCUGCUUGUGCAUGGGAAAAUUUUGCUGCAAGAUGUUUGGCGAAAAGGAACGCAGUGGGACGAGAAAGUCGAUGAUGCCGAUUUUGAACGUUGGACUCGAUGGGCGAGCCUUUUCCAGGAUAUCGGAGGGAUACGCAUUCCCCGAUGCUAUUUUCAGAAUGCAACCGUUCGCCACUAUCAAAACCUCCAGUUGCAUAUAUUUGCAGACGCAAGCGAAGUAGCUUAUGCCGCUGCAGCCUAUUUUCGGAUCACAAACCCAGACGGUAUAGUGGAGUGCACACUGGUUGCCGCAAAGACGAAAGUGGCACCGCUAAAACCUUUGUCAAUUCCUCGACUGGAGUUACGGGCCGCCGUGCUGGGAGUAAGGUUAAUGCAAUUUGUUGAACAGAGCCACAGCGUCAAGAUUCAACAGCGUUUUCUUUGGAGUGAUUCAACCACCGUUUUGUCCUGGUUGCGCGCCGAUCAUCGAAAGUACAAACAAUACGUGGCAUGUAGAGUAGGAGAGUUACUCGAGGCAUCCAACGUACGAGAGUGGCAUUGGGUGCCAACCAAACUAAACCCAGCUGAUAUGGCAACAAAGUGGGGGAAGGGUCCAUGCAAAAACAUAGCUGGCGCUUGGUUCAAUGGGCCGGAGUUUUUGAAAGGUUCCCCAAACGAAUGGCCUCGUGAGAAAACUAAAUUGUUACCCACGGAAGAAGAGUUGCGACCGUGUCACGUACACCGCCAUAUUUCCAUACCCGGAAUGGUGUUCGACCUACAGCGGUACUCACGUCUGUCACGCCUGAUUGGCUCAGCCGCAUACGUACAUCGCGUUUUCGACACCCGAAAACAAAUGUCGAUCGUGAAAAGCCAGAACAGCAGCUAUUUGACUUCGGAGGAGCUGCUUAAAGGGCAACGGACACUGAUUCGUUUAACGCAAUGGCAAGCGUUUCCAGACGAAAUGGUGCUUCUAACGCACAACCAACAGAACUCGACGGAUAAACAAUUACAGCUUGAAAAAUCAAGCAGCUUGUACAGGUUGUCGCCUAUGCUUGAUACUUUUGGAAUUUUGCGGAUGGAAGGGCGCAUAACAGCCGCCCCCAACGUGACAGAAAGCUCUAAGUUUCCAAUUAUACUCCCCAGAAAACAUAGAUUUACUUAUCUCAUGUUGGAUGAUUACCAUCGCAGAUUUCGCCAUUGCAACCACGAAACAGUCGUGAACGAGGUUCGUCAAAAAUACUACGUGCCGCAACUAAGAGUUGCCGUGAAGCAGGUCGCUAAAGCAUGCCAAUGGUGUAAAGUGUACAAAGUAAAACCCAGCAUCCCCCGAAUGGCACCGUUGCCAGCUGUACGUCUGGCUUCAUUUGAACGACCAUUUACGCAUACCGGUUUGGAUUUAUUCGGACCCUUAGUGGUGAAAAUUGGUAGGAGCAAUGCGAAACGUUGGAUUGCGGUGUUCACCUGCCUUACUAUACGAGCAGUUCAUGUUGAGGUGGUUCACAGCCUCAGCACUAGUUCCUGUAUAAAAAGCAUUCGCAGGUUCGUCGUUCGUCGUGGAUCACCAGCUACUAUUUACUCCGAUAACGGAACGAAUUUUCAGGGAGCAAAUAGAUUAUUGCAGGAGCAGAUGGAAGAGCUAGCCAUUACCUUCACCAGCACUUCAACUAAGUGGAUGUUUAUCCCUCCCGGUACACCCCACAUGGGAGGCGCGCGGGAGCGCAUGGUGCGCUCAAUAAAAAAUGGCAUGAACGCUGCGUACCAGAGUCAUGCAAAAUUGGAUGAUGAAAGUUUAGAAACACUGGUGAUAGAAGCAGAAGGUAUAGUGAAUAGUCGCCCGCUCACAUAUCUGCCAAUCGCCUCUGAAGAAAGUGAAGCAUUGACCCCGAAUCAUUUUUUACUAGGCAGCUCAAAUGGGGCUCACCAGCUAGUGCCUCAAUCAAGAAACAAUGUGGCCAUAUUGCAAAAGUCUUGGAGUCAAACUCAAUUGCACUUGGCCACCUUUUGGAGGAGGUGGGUACGAGAGUAUUUGCCUACUAUUGCUAAGCGAACGAAAUGGUUUGCGGAGGGAAAACCAAUAACCUCUGGUGACUUGGUUGUUUUGGUAGACGAGGCGAUCAGAAGCACCUGGGAAAGAGGUCGAGUUGUCGAAGUCAUCAGAAGCAGUGAUGGGAGGAUCCGUCAGGCUAUAGUACAAACUGCGAGGGGGUUGAUUCGUAGGGCGGUGAAUAAGCUGGCGGUAUUAGAGGUAGAUGAAAAAUGUAAAACAGACCCAGAGGGUCAGUGUUACGGGGGGGAGGAUGUUGGCUCUGGCGACACUGCUAUGCCAGCUACCAAUAUCUCCGAUAAAGAAGUUGCUACCCAAAACGAAAGUGGAGCUGUCAAGCAGGCGGAAGCAGCAGACGACGAUUAGGAGACCAACAGCAUACACCUUUUUAGAGUGAAGUUGCGAAUUAGAAUUAUAUUACAAUAGAUCAGUGAAUAACAAUUAAAGAUAUAUUAAAAUUUUUCUUAUUGAAUAAAAUUUGUCGUUAAAUAGAAUUAGAGAUUAAAAUAGGAUUGAGUUACGAGCUACUACGUGAGUAAAAAUUAAUUAUAUAAUUAGCAAUCUAACCUAACAGACUGUGUCUGAGCAGGGUUUACGUAAAUCCCUGAAUCCGUAAAGGAAAGCAGAAUUUUGCCUUUAUUAUUAGA